AUUUAGUUCUCCGGUAUAAAAAAUCGAAAUACGCCAUCUUCAUCUCCAUCUUCAAGCCUUAAGUACCUUGCAAAUCAGAGCUAUAAAAGAAUUGAAAUGGACAAUGACGAGGUGGACGAUUCCUUUGAUGAUUUACUCGCAAAAAUCGAAAUACCUACUGUUCCCAAAGUGCCAAAGAUAGAGAAAUCACAAAGCUCGUCGAACAUUAAUGCACCAUCAACUAGCACUACGACUACAAAUGGUGCAACAUCUGUGCCACCCUCAAAAACUGCGCCCAACACACAUUGCAUUCUCGUGAAUUCAAAACAACGCGGUAAUCCGGUACUUAAAUCGAUUGUCAAUGUUCCAAUAGAAUUUCGGGACGAUAUUAUACCAGACUACGUAGUGGGGCGUACGUCGUGUAUACUUUUUAUAUCGUUGAAAUAUCAUACUUUAAAUCCAGAUUAUAUAUGCCAGAGGCUGAAGGAGUUGGGAAAACAAUAUGAAUUGCGUGUUUUGCUCGUGCAAAUUGAUGCACCAGAACCUCAUUCUGCUUUGAAAAAUUUAACACGUAUUACUUUGCUAACAGAUUUAACUCUCAUGCUAGCAUGGAGUGCGGAAGAAGCAGGAAAAAUUAUUGAAACUUACAAGCAAUUUGAAAAACGUUCACCGGAGUGGAUAAUGGAACGCGUGGAAUCAAGUCCGCAUCAGAAGUUGGUUGCGGCACUGACAAGUAUUAAACCUGUGAAUAAAACAGAUGCUGUGACGCUUCUACAAAAUUUCGGCAAACUGGAAAAUCUUAUUAAUGCAAGUGAAGAACGGUUGUCCCUUGUUGUUGGUUUAGGGCCAAGAAAAGCCUCCAAGCUUUACAAAACACUGCACGAACCAUUUCUUACAAAAUAAGUCUUCUACUUGCAAGUACAAACUUUCAACGUAAAUCAGCUGGUGAAAGAGGAACGACUGCAGUUAAUCAGCUGUAUAUUGGAAUUCUAUACACAAUUUUCUUAUCAGUG